GGCGUGGCCGCGUCGAGGGCAGGGACUGCUGCGAAGUGAGUCGCGUCCUGAGGUGGGACGGCUGCCGAACCGGACCGCGCCAGGUUGACCCCCCCCCCCACUCCUGCCGCCUCGGGGUGUAGCCGUUAACGUUCGUGUUGCUGCUGCCGCCGCCGCCGCCAACGUUGUCAUGCCUCUCUUCGCCGCCAACCCCUUCGAGCAGGAUGUGGAAAAGGCUACAAAUGAGUGCAACACUGUUGAAGAUUGGGCAGUUAUUAUGGAUAUUUGUGACAAGGUUGGAAGCACUCCUAAUGGAGCAAAAGACUGCCUCAAAGCCAUUUUAAAGAGAGUAAAUCAUAAAGUACCCCAUGUUGCACUGCAGGCACUAACUCUGUUGGGAGCCUGUGUAUCAAAUUGUGGAAAAAUUUUUCACUUAGAAAUCUGCUCACGUGACUUUGCCAGUGAAGUGCGUGUCAUAAUAAACAAGGCACACCCUAAAGUAUGUGACAAAUUAAAAGCUUUAAUGGUAGAAUGGUCAGAAGAAUUUCAGAAGGACCCCCAGUUCAGCUUAAUAUCAGCCACCAUUAAAUCUCUUAAGGAAGAAGGGGUUGUGUUUCCUACAGCUGGGACACAGAGUCCCUCAGCUGCUGCCAAGAAUGGUGCAUCAUCAGGCAAAAACAAAGAAGAAGAAGAUAUAGCUAAAGCUAUUGAAUUAUCUUUGCAAGAACAGAAGCAGCAGCAGCAAACCGAGACAAAAUCUUUAUACCCAUCUGUAGACGUUCAGCAUAGCCAUCAAAAGCUCUCAAGAAAAGUGCGAGCCUUGUAUGAUUUUGAGGCAGUCGAGGAUAAUGAACUUACCUUUAAGAGUGGCGAUAUUAUUGUUGUUUUGGAUGACAGUGAUGCCAAUUGGUGGAAAGGAGAACAUCACAGAGGAAUAGGAUUAUUCCCUUCUAACUUUGUGACCCCUAAUUUAAAUGAUGAGCCUGAGACAGUGCCUAUAGACAAGGAUGCUUCUGAAGACACUACUGAAAUUACAAAACCUGAGCCAGAGCCAGUGUACAUAGAUGAGAAUAAGAUGGAUAAGACACUGCAGUUACUUCAGAGCAUAGAUCCAACAGAUCCUAAAUCUGAUUCUCCUGAACUUCUGGAUUUAGAAGAUGUCUGUCAACAGAUGAGUCCCAUGAUAGAUGAAAAGCUAGAAGAAAUUGAUAGGAAACAUUCAGAAUUGUCCGAACUAAAUGUGAAAGUGAUGGAAGCUUUGGAACUCUACAAUAAAUUAAUGAAUGAAGCUCCUAUGUAUUCUACAUACUCAAAGAUACAAACGGCACAGUAUGCACCCACGGCAGCCAAUGUUCCAGUGCAGUCAUAUCCCAUCCAUCCUCACAGUGGGAAUUAUGUGGUCCAUGGUAUGCCUCAAAGCUACAAUCCAGGAAACGAUCAGAUUGGUCCACUGAGGUCUUUGCCUCCAACCGUGAAUUCCUCAGUAUCAUCUCAGCCCGCUCCGACCUACAUGAGCCCUGGUCUAGAUUCUGUGUCAGGUUCUACUUACAUGAACCAGAAUUCUUGCCUCCCGCCCGCUGGUCCCGUUUCUUAUGCCCAGCCGAUGGGCAUGCCGGUGGAUAUGCUAGCCUACCAGAACACUGCAUCCAGUUUGCCUCAAGGUCUGUGCUAUCCAGCAGUUCCCACUCAUUCACUUCCACAGCAGCAAACAAAUUAUCACCAGCAGCCUCUCCUGUGAAAAUGCAGAGUUGGAACCUGGGAACCAUUUUGGAUGUUGCUGACCCGUAAUCUUUUAAAUUGUCCUUCCAUUGAUUUAAAAAGAUACUUCUGCUGAAGGGAACAGACAACUAAGCAAUUUCAAAGUAAAUGUUAAUUCAGGCUUAACUGUUUUUCUGCAUAGCUGUUUAAACUAGGUGAGCUGCGGUUGUGUUU